UCUCCGGGGCCGUAGAUCACCCCGACACAAUGGCGGUGCACAGGACGAAGGCCGAGGCCCUGGUGAAAUGGGUUAACAGUCUUAAAUUGUCGGAAGGCGUCGGGAAUCUUGCAACCCUUGGGGAUGGUGUUGUCUUCAUCCACAUAGUGUGCAGACUAAAUGGAAAAGAAAAUGAAUUGCAGAUAGUUGAAGACAAGUCCAUUGAGGAGAGAUUCCAGUUCAUCUUCAACUUUUUACAAAGUGCUGACGUUAAGGAGAGUCAGCAAGAUCGGUGCAGGUACAACCCUGCUUCUGGAAGUGCCGGGUCCUUGCAGAAGAUCCUACAUGGCGAGGAUAUUGAGCUUGAGAUGGCCAAGGUGACUGUUCUGCUUCUCCACCUCCACACCAUGGCCAGACAAAACCCACGUGAGUUUGAGGAUCUUGACAUAGAAACCCAGGGUGAGCUUGUGGGCAUUCUGCACUUUGUGCUGGAUAAUGAAGAAGAAAUUCACAUGGACAAUACCCUGGCCACGUUUUUGCAGAGUCGAGCCUUGUCUCCAAUGGCUCAUCAUCACAGCACCAGUUCAGAUGAAGUCACCACUCCAAUGUUCAGUGGGAAACUCGGACACAAGACCCAGUUUGUGGCACCGAAGGUGUACAGUUGUGGCCCCUCCACCUCCCCGACAUCGCCGAUGCGCGACUUCAUGCGGACGCCGCAGGUGCAGGUGCGACGGUUGAAGAGGCAGCUGGCCGACGCGCGGAUGCUUCGCGACGACUUGGAGACGGAGCUGACGGACACUCGCAAGCUCAUCACCGAGAAAGACACACACAUCUCCAUCAUGCAGCAGAAGGUCGACCGGCUGGUGAGGUUGACGGAGAGACAGGCGUCCGAGGAGCAGCCCAACGAGCUGGGCAACCUGCAGGAGAAAUGCGAGAGUUUGUUGAACAGACUGCGGGAUACCCAGAAACAGUGUCACGAGCUGAAGACCGAAAAAAGUCAGACCGAGCGAAAAAGUGAUAAACUCGAAGAGGAAAAUGGCGACCUAUCGUGCAAGGUCCGUGACUUGGGCAGCCGGCUGGCACAGUCACAGAAGGCCCUGAACGACCUGGCGGAUGAACACGAUGCAGCCAUGCCCCUGUGGGAGGAGAAACGCACCCAACUGCAGAGCAACCUACACGUGGCCCUGUCGGAUAAAAAAUUGAUGGAAGAAAAGAUACAGAUAUUGGAAGGGAAGAUAUCAUUGAUGGAGGACCAACUGAAGGAGGCAGGCGAAGGUUCGAGUGGGAUGAGAGGCGAGGUGAUGGCUGAUGUUCUUCAGGUGGAAGCCCUGAAGCUGGAGGUGUCGGAGCUGACGGCCAAAGCCACGGAGCUGGAACAGGAGAGCACCUUCCACAAGGAGGAGAAGGGGCAGCUGACUGAGACCAUCGACGGCCUGAAGCAGUCCAUCUCCGAGCUGCACGAGCAGAAGGAGAGGCUGCAGCUGACGGCCCAGGAGCAGGCGGGCAAGCUGGCCGGGCAGCUGGGCACCCUCAACACCGAGAUCAUGAAGGUGAACAGCUCGCUGGUGCAGAAGGAGCUGGAGCUCGAGGAGGAGAAGCAGCUGCGGCAGCAGGUGGCGGCAGAGUCGCAGAGCAGGCAGCAGGACGCGCAGCAGGCCGUCCACGAGCUGCGCUCCAAGCUGGAGAAGCUGGGCCAGGCGCUGCGGGCCAAGGAGGAGGCGCUGCACGGCUUUGAGCGGCAGCUGGAGGCAGAGCGGGAGAGCACGCUGCAGCAGAUGAAUGCCCUGAAGCGCGAGUCGGAGAGGAUCUGCCACGAGAAGACGUCGGUGGUGACGCAGUACGAGCGGCUGAAGGCGGACAAGGAGAGCGAGAUGGGGCGCCUGAACCAGCAGAUCCAGGUUCUGGAGGGCACGCAGCUGGGCAUCGAGCACCUGGAGAAGGAGCGCAACGAGCUGAUGUACAAGGUGGAGAUGCUGGACACUGAGGUGGCCGAGGUGACGUCCAAGAACCAGAGCCUGCAGUCGGCCUGCGACGCCCACACCCAGAGCCACUCGGCCGAGGUGGCGGCCCUCUGCCGGCGGCUGCAGGAGGCCGAGGCCGAGCUGGAGAGGCAGCGGGGCCAGGCGGCGGGGCUGGACGAGGCCCUGCGCGAUAUCCAGGCGCUGCGGGAGCAGCUGGCCGCCCUGCGCGGCCAACUGGACGGGCUGGAGAGCGAGAAGCAGCGGUGGGAGGAGAGGGGGGCGGCGGACGCCCAGGCGAGCAGCCGGCUGGCCCAGGAGCUGAAGGGGGCGACGGAGGAGCGGGAGCAGGCCCAAGCCCGGCUGCGGGAGCGGGAGGCGGCGGCCGUGGACGAGGGCAGGCAGUCGGAGGAGAAGGCCGGGGAGCUGCAGGCGCAGCUGUCCGCAGCCAGGGCGGCGCUGGAGGAGAGCGGCAAGGAGGGGGAGAGACUGCGCCUGCAGGAGGCCGCGUGGAAGGAGAAGAUGGAGGCGGCGCGGAGCGAGGGGGCGGCGCUGGAGCGCAUGGUGGAGGAGGCCAGGGAGAGGGGCCGGGCGGAGCUGGCGGAGGAGAAGGCCAGGAGGAGCGAGCUGGAAGCCCGGGCCAGGCAGCGGGAGGUGGAGGAGGAGGGCAGCGUGCGGCUGCCGCAGAGCGAGCUGGAGUUGAUGCGGGAGAGGGCCGCGCUGGAGCCGCAGGCCCGGGCCGAGGCUGCCGGCUGGCAGGACAAGCUGGAGGCCGCCCAGCGGCUGUGGGAGGAAGAGUCGGCCCGGAACGCUGCCGUGCGGGAGCAGGAGAGGCAGGAGCUGGCCAGGGCGCGGGCCGAGAGCGAGGGGCUGUUGCGCUGCGGCACCAGGCGACUGGCCGAGCUGCAGGAGGCCAGGGACGCGGCGAGGGAGGCCCAGGAGGCCAGGGAGAGGCUGCAGGCUGAGCUCACGGCCUUUCAGGGCCGGCUGGAGGAGUUGAAGGGGGCGGAGAGCCAGCGGCUGUCCCGGGAGGAAGGCAAGAGGGAGGAGAAGGAGAGGGCGCUGGGCAUGCUGCAGGAGCAAGUCAGCAGCCUGCAGAGCGAGCUGGCGUCGGCGCUGGCUGGCACCGCCCAGGUCAAAGCGCAGGAGGAGACUGCGAGGGAGCAGCUGCAGAAGCUGAAGGAGCAGUGGCGGGCGCAGGAAGUGGAGAUGGGGAAGCUGCAGGCCCAGGCGCUGGCAGCCGAGGGGGAGCUGGGCGAGCGGAUCGCAGGCCAGGACAGCGAGCUGACGCGCCACACUGGCCUGCUGGCCGACAGGGAGAGCCAGCUGCAGGAGCUGGGCUGCAAGCUCGCCGCCAGCGAGGAGCAGUGCCGCCGCCACGGGCAAGAGGCCGCCGCCGCCGCCGAAGAGCUGCGCUCCUCCCGCCACCUGUGCCAGGAGCGGGCGACGGAUGCAGAGGCGCUGCGGGCGCAGCUGGGCGAGCUGCGGGGCAAAUGUGACAGCCUGGCCCUGCGGGAGAGCGAGGCGGGGGAGCGCUUCACGGCACUGAAGGAGCAGCUGGGCAGCCUGCAGCGGGAGAGGGAGCGGCUGGCAGUGUUGCAGCAGGAGCUGCAGUCCUGGCAGGGCAAGUGUGCGGGGGAGCAGCAGGAGAGCGCCAGGCUGCGGGAGGAGCUAGCCGCAGCGGCGGAGAGCGGUUGCCGGCUGCAGGAGGCGCUGGAGAAGCAGCGGGAGGCGGCCGGGCUGCGGAGCGAGGAGCUGCGGGCGGAGAACGAGGCGCAGCGGCAGAGCGUAGAGAGCCUGCAGCAGCGGCAGACGGUGGAAGAGGAGCGCCAGUGCCGGUCGGACGAGGAGCUGGAGCGGCUGCGGGCAGAGCUGGCCACGGCCGAGGGGCAGUGGCGGGCCGAGGCGGAGCGGCUGAGGGAGGAGGCAGGGCAGCUGCCCGCUGCCCAGCAACAGUGCACGGAGCAGGCCCAGGAGGUGCAGCGGCUGCAGCAAGCCCUGGGCGAGGAGGCGGCCAAGGCCAGCGCCAGGCUGGAGGCCGAGCUGGCCCAGGCCCAGGAGGCCCACAGCCAGCAGCUGCAAGCCCUGACCUCCCACCACACGGAGGAGGAAGAGGCCGGCCGCCAGCGGGAGGAAGAGUCCCGGAGGAGGGUCGAUGAGGUGAGCGGCAAGUACGAGAAGGCCAAGAUCAAGUUAAUGGACGAUCGCCACAGGUUCCAGGAGGAACAACAGCAGCUCCACACACAGGUUGCAGAUCUGAAUCAGAAGCUGUCCCAGCACGAUGUCACGGCUAAAACUAAGCUGCAGAAACUCGUGGCUCGCGAUAACGAAAAGCAGGAAAAGCUGGAGCAGCAGAUGAUGGAGUUGAACUCACAGCUGAAGGAGAAGGAGGAGGUGAUGCAGCAUGUCAAGGCCCAGCUGGACAAGGCAAAGACUCACUACGACAGCAAGAAGCUGCUGAGUCUGGAGCUGGCGGAGAAGCUGGAGGCGCGCGAGAAGAGCGUGGCCUCGUUGGAGCAGCAGCUGGCCGCAGCCACGCAGGAGGGCGCAGAGAUGCAUGCGCAGUCCGAGCGGCUGCGGGCCGAGGCACAGCAGGCCGUCAAGGAGGCGAAGGAAGCCAACCAGAAGAGCGUGACCCUCUCCGCACAGGUGGAGUACGCCGAGCGGCAGCUGCGGGAGGUGAACAAGUCGCAGGCGAGCGUGGUCAUCACCAGGAGGUCGCGCAGCAACACCGACCAGGGCUCGGUGCAGGCGGGCGACUCCGAGGCCGAGUUCAGCAAGGACAGCAUGGAGCUGAGUGACCUGGACGACUCGGCAUUGGUGGCCUGGGACAGUACAGCAGCCAGGAGGGGCAAGGCCGGCUACAAGACCCCCGAGGUGAAGAGGAGCGACUCUGUGGUGGUGCAGAAGCUGCAGGGGAAAAUGGAGUCACUGGAGUCACUGUACUUCACGCCACUGCCCCAGCACAGCCACUCCAACAUGGACACCAGCCUGGGCUCCCUAGGGUCGCUGUGCCUCGACUCGGCCAAGAAGACCCGCUCGGGACGCAAACGUACCACCCAGGUCAUCAACAUCCUCAUGACCAAGGUAGGGGGCAGCUCUCCCUCCCGUUCGAGCGCCCUCUACCCGGGAGGCUGCCUGGACGAGCCCGACCAGCUGGACGACUGGAACCGCAUCGCCGAGCUGCAGAGACGCAACGGGGUCUGCCCCCCUCACCUGAAGACCUCCUACCCACUGGAGUCCAGUGCGGCAGUGACCGACUCAGCCAUCACGGAGGACGAGCUGCGCCUGGGCGACCCGAGCGAGACGCUGCGCCGCGCCACUCUGCUUCCCCGGGAGAUUAGCGCCAUGCGUAUGCGCGCCUUCCCCGACACCCACGACCCCAGCUGGAAGGGAGUGACCACCCGCCAACGCAAGCGGCUCUCCGAGGAGUCCCACCAAGGAGCCGGCACCCCCGAGGCCAAGAAGCAACUGAGCUGCUUCCCACGACCAGCCAGCCCGAAGGGGAAGGACAAGCUGGGACAGGAGCGGUUCGAGAGCCAAGCCCGACGCCUGGUUCAAAGCAAGGGCCGCGGCCAGGAUGACCGACGGAAGUCCAUGACCUACACCGUCUUCAACACGCCGCGCAAACUGAGCAGCAGCCUGCUGCGGGGAAUCAACAAGAGGGCGAAUCCCAGGAAAACACCCAAGAAAACCCCAAAGAAGUCGCCCAGGAAGUCCCCCCGCUCAAAUGCCAGAAAGGAUGCCAGCAGACGCAAGUUCUCUAGUGGCAAGAUGUGAGGAGGGGGGCUGAAGAGUAGCCCCCUCCCCCUCCAACCGACCCCGGAGUUGUAUUGACGCCGAGACCCACCCACCGCAGCUCCGUCACCGUCGGCCCCGAGCGCCAGCGAGAGA